AUGGGUAAAGUUCACGGAUCCCUCGCUCGUGCCGGAAAGGUCAAGUCCCAGACGCCCAAGGUUGAGCCUCAGGAGAAGAAGAAGACUCCCAAGGGCCGCGCCAAGAAGAGGCUCACAUACACCCGCCGCUUCGUGAACGUCACCCUGACUGGUGGAAAGAGGAAGAUGAACCCCAACCCUGGAUCGUAG